AUGGCUAUUCCACCACAAAACCCAUUUCAGUUCCACCAGGUCAAUCACCCAUCAAACACCGCAUCUUAUCAGGAUCCCAUCAUGAAAACUGCGCCACCCUCCACUGCCACCAUUGAUCCCGGCGUUGCCACCAACAAUAAUAACACUUUCUCAGGAGCCAAGAAACAAAAGACGACGCCUCCCUGUGAUCGUUGUCGACAGAGAAGGAUCAAGUGUGACAGACUAGAGCCAGUCUGCUCCUCAUGUGUCAAAUACAAAGCUCCCUGUCUGAGAACAGCCCUCCCUGCCGGAGUACCCCUCUCAACCGUGUCUGUCGAUGCCAUUGGCACCCCCGGUCUUCGCAUCUUGACCAGCGCGGGCAAGCGGGACAGACACUUCUCCGAGACAGAAAUCCUCGACUCGUGCCUCAGAGAUGUCCAGUCUCUCCAGAUGAACCGUUUGCGUCGGAUUGAACAAUUUUUUGACCGUGUUGGUAUUGAAGAGAAUCGUUUGGAGGAGGUCGGCUGGCUUUCUGAGCAGAUCAAGAUACAGCACGAGUCUACCCAUGGUACUCAUCCCGAUCUCAACUAUAGCCCCGAAGAGGUUGUUGACAAGCUUGGACACCGUGCCUCUUUGUCUUGGAUCAAGCAACUUUUGCCACUUUUGCAGGCUACAAAGGGUAUUCAGCAAGUGCCCCCUACUGCUCACUUGUAUUCAAAGGGCUCAACACCUCCACAGGCUGAAACGGCCCUUCAGGCGACAUUGACAGACGAUGGAAAUUUCACAUGCCCAGCAACCCGACUAACACCAUUCCCUACACGCGUCCCGCUGUCGGUUUUGAACAAGACCAUGUUUGAACUCUCGGUGUACGACUGUACAGAGUACUUGGGUCCCGUCGCCGGUACCAAAGCGUCGUCAUGGAGCGAAGAAAUGCGUUUUCCUCUCCCUUGGCUCGUUCCUGAGCCCCAAGUGAAGGACUCUCUCUUGGCUCUGCCACCGGUCGAGUUAAUGCUGGAGCUGAUUGAGUGGAUGAUUCAGAGCCCACUCUACGUCUACUUUCCAAUCCUCACCAAAGCCAGUAUCAUGAACGCUCUUUCUGCCGCCAUCCCUGGUCCUGACGCUCCCUCUCUUGGAAUCGAGAAGCCCCCUGCCAACCCUUUGGUCACCGACAGCGGUGCAUUGCCCCAGCGCAUCACUGGCCGCGUUAGCGCCAUCUUCUUGCUGAAUGCCAUCAUGGCUCUCGGAGCUGCAUAUCGGUCGAAUGCUAUCAAGGGGAAGAAGAAGCAUCACCUUCUUAAUAACAACAAUAUCCAAGAGUUGCCUGAGCACAACUUUCAGACGUAUUUUGACCGUAGCCAAGCUUUGACGGCAUAUAUUCUGCAUCAACCAAGGGUCUCAAGUCUUCAAGGAUUGCUCCUACUCAUGAAAUGCCCAACGAUCCCUGGGAUUCAGAACCUGUACCGCGAACAAGCCUGCGCCAUGGCCCUUGCUCUCGGCCUUCACCGAGAUUGUGAGCCCUGGACACUGUGUCGGUCCGUGACCCAACUUCGCCGAAACAUCUUUUGGUGCUGUUAUGUCAUCGAUGCCUCCUACAGUUUGAACUCUGGCUCCCCGGAAAGGUUCUCGGACGAUUAUAUUUCUAUUGGACUGCCCAAGGUGCCGUCUCUGGAGUUGGGUGAUGAUAUGGGUGAGCUGGAGUUUGAGGGUGAGACUAACAGGAUUGGGUUCUUGCUGGAGCAGGCCAAGCUGUGGAAGAUUGUCAAGAAGAUCAGGCGGUGUGGACAGACUUCCCAUAAUUCGGAGGAUGGAUACCGCGAGGGAUCGAACUUGUACCGUGCUCCUGAGAACCAGACACCUUCAAUUCCCUCGAUGGCGAGUAUGUCGCCUGCACCCCAAUACGGAUUCCCGAUCAACAACAACAGCAACCCAACAGGCCAAUCACCUUACCCGCCUUAUUCGCCCAAGACGCCUACUUCUACCAAUGGUGCCCCGCAACCCGCGUGGGUGUGGCGCGCUGAUUCUGCUCGAAGGAUUCUGGAUGUUGAGUUGGCUAGAUGGCAGAUGGACCUUCCAUCGCACCUCCGGUUCGAUUUCUCGCUUACACGCAAAGAUGAACCUUGCCCACACGCGGUCAGACGUAAUGGACUCGGAGCGAUGUUGCAACUGAUCUUCAACGAGGUCUUGAUUCUGCUGCAUCACCCCUUCCUGAUCCUGGCCGAUACACAUGGCCAAUCCAAACGCGAUCAAGCCGCACAGCCACCCGUUCGAAACUCCAAAACGCGUUCAAGCACAAGUUCUAUCAAGAGCCCUCGGUCCAGGAGAUCAAGCUCUACCUCCAGAUCUUAUUCUACUAGCAGUGUGACCAACUUAUCCUCCGUCAGCGACGACGGGACCGUCUGGCCCCUCAAACCUGCCCCGCCCUUCCUCAACAGUUGUACCAAGGCCGCCGAAGCAAUUACCUUUUUGAUUGAACAUCUCUUGCGCACGACCCCCGAGUGGCUGGCAUGCCAUAACGAGGCUGAUUGUGCUAUACAUAUAGCCGAGCGUGUCCACGCCCUCAAUGUCAGUCUCACGGCCAAGAACGCCAGUCUAGGCACACCUCUCGCCUCGGGAGCUGCGAGCCAUGUCAGUUCUGCCCAAGCCAAGUCCCAGUACAGGCGCACGAGGGCGUUCAGGAAAACGGUAGCAGAUUUGGACAAGUUUACGAUGUCGGAUGAUUACCGACCGGAACUGUUGACGCAAGAGUUGAUUGUCCGGGGCACUGCUCGCGAUCGCCUUGUGAAGAGCAUGAAGCAGAUGAUGCGACAUCGAAUGGGUGAGCAUUAUUAUCGACUCCCUCGAGUUGCGCCAGAGCUGGAUUCUUUGUCGGAAAACGAGGGGUCUGAGCAGGACCGGUUUGCAGCGGCUGCAGGAACAGGACGUGACCACUUGGAGUUGAAGUUGGCGUAUAUGGACGAGCGAGUCUGGAUUCGAUAUUACAACAUUCGUGUCCAGGACCAUGUCGAGACCAAGAACGGAUCUGAGACCUGGCUGGAGAUCUUGCACCCUUACUCACCGCCCACGUCGGAGCUUGAGUUUGAUGAAGACGACGAGGAGGAGAUGAUGGAUCACCACCAACAUCCGUUCGGGUUCUCGAUGAUGGAGGAACUCUCCCUGCCGAUUUAUGAGGCGGAUGAAUCUGAGGAUGGGCAGCCGAGUAACAGCAACAACAAUAACAGCAGCAAGAAGCGAGCACAAAGACGUCGACUCAACUCGAAGGGAGGACUCGUCGUGUCUGAGGAUGAUGUCUCGGAGGGUCGAGAAGAGACCAUGGACCCACCACAGAUCUCUACAACCACCUUUUUGGAGAUUUUCGGGUUGAACCCCUCCAGUAUCGAGGUCUCGAGUGCCAUGGGAGAUCCUAACGUUCUCCUGGCCGGACAGCAGAACCUUGGUAGUGGGCAUCAAAAAGGUGGAUCUGGCAAUGGAGGAGGAGGAUUCGAACCCGGGUACGAUCAGUCGUAUUAUCCGGGUUAUGUAUCUCCUCAGGUCUCCAUAGAUGGAUUUGACCCCACCAUGGUUCUGGAUGGAUCUUCGCACGGUCGACCUCAUUCUUCCGCUGGCGUAACAGUCUCUUCUGCGGAUCAGUCCGGACGUGGAUACUGCGGCGUGGGAGCCUUCCUUCAUCAGGACCGUCCACCACAGGGCCAGACACAGUACCCACAGGGACUCUUCCAACCAUCGUCGCACCAUCACCAGCCUCCACAACAAUCGCACCAACCACAUACCACGCACUCUUUGCAACAAGACCCCAAUGGGUCAUUCCCGCACUUUGACCUCCACGCCGGAGCGCUAGGAUUCGACCCCUCGACAUCUCCUUCUUCGUACUCCACACCAGAUUCUCCUAACCAACAACCACCACUGGAUACCAACUUGGGGCUGGGACUCGUCGCUGUCUCGACACCGCUUUCGGCGCUCCAAGGGCAGAUGUCGAUGACUGGAGGACAGUACUUGAACUUGGUCCAACAACAGUUCCCGAACCAGCAUAUCCCUUCACAGCCUCAAGGAUCCAUGGAUUUUCAACAGCAACAACAACAGCAGACAUUGGAGUUGGCUCUCAACGGUGGUGAUGGAGGGCAUUCGAAUGUUCGGCCAUUCUAUGGGAUGCCGAUGGGAGGAUUCAUGACGCCCGGAUUGGAUUCUCUGCCCAUCAUCAACAGGACGACCCAAGGGGCGCCUGGCUACUACGGCGCCUCCACACCCACCAACAAUACCUCUUCAGUGGGACAAGCCCUGUCAGGUGCACAUUCGUCUGGCGGUUGGGCAAUUGACUCUGGAGCCGCGGGAGCUGUAGCGUCAUACUUGGCCAAGUCUGAACCCCAUUCGCCGGCCUUGCCACCCUCCUUGGUUUCGUCGGUCCCCACGUCGCCCAUCCCCAUGCAUCAAACCUCGUCUUCGUUCCGCCUAUUGUUGUCUCCUACAUCUGAGACCAUCCAGGGGAUUUCGAACAGGAUGAAUGCCUGGGACGGGAUUUCGGGCCCCAAGGCCAGCGUCACUGUCGAUGGGUCAGACCUGCAAGGCCCUACCCUGAUGGAGUACUCGUCUUCCACGGGUUACCACCACCACCAUCACCACCAUCACCAACAACAUCAACUUCAACAGCACCAAGGAUCCCUCCUAGAAGCCCCACCUGCCACCGGCGCCAGCGGCUCAAUGUCACAUUACGGCAGCAGCUGGUCUUCUGCAUCCCCCUCUUCAGAACUUACCACAACCACCAGUACCCCCGCCGGAUCUUCAUCCUCAACAGCAACGACGACAACAACAAGGAUGGACGGGAUCGAGGCUGGUCCUUCAUCAAAGUCCACAUCCUCAUCUGUCUCUGCAGUUCCCGAGACACCCUUUGGUGACUAUGGCGGUGUUGCCGGACUUGAUGGUGGUAGCAGCCACAAGCUGAUGUCGGUUGUGGAUGAUCGUGAGGGUGAUAAGGACUCGCGGUUUCAUCCUCUUCAGACUGGAAGUAUCACCGGUCGCUUAUUAUAG